GCAGAGGCAGCCAAAUGCUCGGACCUUUGGCCCUGGACACUGCCUCAGACACUGCGAUCGUUUUUUCCCUUUUCUUCCUUUUCUUUCUUGUGGGAGGGGGUGAGACUGGGUGAGGAGAGCUUGAGUGUAAGAGCUUUUAUAUAUAUAUAAAAAAUGAAGUGCAUGUGUGGAUGUGAGUUUGCUUAUAACUCGAGAACAGCUGGUGCAGCCAGGAGCGGGGAGGAUGGAGUGGGGGGUCUUCCUUGCCCUGCCCUGCCCUGCCCCACCGCUGCAGCAACUUGCAUUGUGGGGCGGGUCUGCAAGCGUGGGAGUUGCCCCGCGGAGGUCAGACCAGGGAGGAGACGUCCCAGGCAGUGAUGGGCGGUGUGGUGCGUGCCCAGGCCUGGGCUGCUCACAGCCGUGCUGGUCCAGGCAGUCAGACAUUUCUCCACCCCACGGGCCUGAUGAGGCCAAAGUCAGUUUCUUUGUUCCCAGUUCCUUCUCCACGGCAGAUCUGUGCUGCAACCCGACUGCGCUGCAGACCCGGUUGCUGCCGUGGGUCCAUUGCAGACAUGUUCGCCUCUUGCUCCUGCACUUCGCAUGAGAGGUCUCUGCUUUCUCCACCACCUUGGAGCCUCCUGCCGCAGCUCAAGGGAGUGCGGCUCAGCCCAGCAGAGCUUGUGACAUAUGUGCUCUGUCCAUCCAUCCACCCACCCACCUAGCUACCUACUGACCUACCUUUCCAUCCAUUCACCUCUCUUCAUCUCUCCACCCUGCUCGGGUCCAGCCAGGCCUGUGGUGUAACUGUGUGGGAGAGAGGGACCUCUCCUUAUGCAUCUCAAUACCCAAAAUGGGUGACCGGAAGGCCAGACUCAGAAGAUUCCUCCAUCCCGCAGCACCAGACCCCGCGGUCUUGGCCGUCACAGGUAUCCCGUGUCCACCCUGUCCUGCUUCCACCGCCGGCCUGUGCGGGGCUUCCCUGGGACAACGCGGCUUCCCCAAAGCUGGCCCUGUCCUGCACUGACCCGCCGGGCACAGCCCAUGCCAGUGCCUCAGCUCCCCAGCCCAGGUGAUCCCACCCGGCCACAGCACUCACCUGUACACCCUGUUUUUCUUUUAUUUGUCCCACGCAAUUUUUCUAAUGUACCUCGGGAGCCCAGCCGCCCAGGCAUGAGCGGCGGCCCCUGAAUUUUUUUCGUCAAGCACUGGAACCAUCUGUCCGGAGCGGCUCAGCAGCAUCGGACGCCGAGAACGACCAUCGGCCACCUGACCGCGGGUGGCCCCAAGUCUCCGGAGCGGAAAACGCUGCGAAUUGGACAACAAAUAGUUCCCACCCUGCCAGCAGGACAGGGCUACCCUGGCUUCCCGGCUGCACCCAGGGCAGGUUGGUGUCAGGUCUGUGCCGUGCCGGGGUCGGCUCUUAUCCAGACCCUGGGUGUCUGGGUGGCUCGGGCAGGGCUAGGACUAGACGCCCUUGGACAUCCCCUCCACCCCACUCCUGUGCAGCGCUUGCUGUGCUCAGGCCUCGCCACCAAAUGUCUCCUCUGCCAGGAGCGUCUGAGCCACCAGGUCCUGCCCCAGACACCGCGCUGGGAACGUUGCUUGGAGUGGGGGAUGUGGGUCAGAAACCAGCUUUCCCAAGGGCUGGGUCCAUGUCCACGCCAGCUGUGGACCCUGCACCCUUCGCUGUCCAAUGCCAGAGGCAGGACAACGUCACUGCCUCUUGCACCUGCACGUCUAAUGGGUCACGGGACAGGGCAGGACCCCGGAGCAAGGCUGGAAAAGCAGCUUCAGAACAAGAGCGGGUGGGAGCCCGGCCUGCGCCAGCCCCCAGGAAGGGGAGACGGGCGAUGGGCUGGCAGGAACGGCCCAGCCCUCCAGCAGACUCGGGCAUUGCCCUCAGCCCAGGGGGAUCCUCCAUCAUCAUCCUCCAUCGCCCAGUCCAGCCUCAGGGUCUUUCCACUGGAUCUGCCCUUGUCAGGACUUGUGCAGGGAUGAGACGACACCAUCUCGGGGGCCGAACUCAGCAGCUGCAACAUCCCCUGUAUCUUGAGCCUGAAAGGUCAGGUGUGGAGCCAGGGAUGGGGUGGGUGGCACGUGCACCGGGAACAGCCCUGGCCUGGGCGCCUGCAGCCCUGUCCCCACCAAGGCCCAGAGAGAGACUAUUUAUUGUACAACAGUUUUUAAUAAAUCACAAUAAAAUAAAAAAGCUCUGUAAUCCAACGCAAGACACUGGACAGCAGACGCAGCACCAGACACGCGUUCCACACAUAACGCCCCCCCUGCGUCCCCUCCCCAUCUGCUGUGGACACCAGCGGGGAUGGAGGCCAGUGGGGAAAGCUCAGCACGGGGCCAGGCCCCACCAGCAAGGGCUGAUGGACGGGGAGGGCCCCACUGCACCGGGGUGGAGAAGGGAAGGGGGCAGCUCCGGGAAGUGAUUCGUGGCAGUGAUGGGGGGCACGUUCGUGUCACAAACCAGGCACCAGAGUCUGUUGCACACACGGGUGCUGCUCGGGUUUGCAGCCCAAGCGAGGUCAGUUGUGAGCACUGCGUGUC